CGGUGGGGCCUGAUUAGGAAUCCAUUGCCAUCCUUCGUCCUAUUUACUCCUCUUGUGUCCGAAACGUGAAUUGGUAACUUACUAUUGGCACUUACCUCCCGGCAUAGUGUGGCGUCCGUGUACUUUGCAGCCGGCUCUCCGUGGCCUGUCCAUACGAGGCCCUUCACAACCCUGCUACAUGUCCUUUAUAAGUAAAGCCUGAGACACGAGUGACUGACAUAGGCUUUUAUUGUUGGGGUCGAUUGUAUUCAUGUGAGCACAUAUGGACGGAAUUCCUUCAUGUAGCCGGUUCCGUAUGGUGCAGCUCAGCGAGGAGUACGUGUGACAUUGUCAAUUUAGUCCUGUAUUUAUGAAACCGUUUCAUACACUAAUGAACAGUGGGGAUUCUAUUUGUACAACACUGCAGGGGAACCUAUGAAGCAGCGCAUGAGAUGAGUAAAACCACACAAACAAUAGGAGGACCCCCUACAGCCCCUUCCCCUGGACUCUCACAAACAUCCUUUCCUUCUGCUCCUACGGCCCCUGUUGUGUUUGGGCCCCCACAGCCCCCACAAAUGAAUACACAAUCUCAGCCUCGACAGGCAGGAUUCAGAUCAAUCCAGCAUUAUUAUCCAAGUAGGACACAGCCUCCCACUAGUGCCACCAGAGUGCAGAGUGGUUCAUCUGCUCGAGCAGUUACUCCAGCCCAUGUGUAUCAACCAGGCUCCCAAGUUAUGAUGAUUCCUUCACAGAUUUCAUACCCUUCCCAGGGAUACUACAUUCAGGGACAGGGCCGCUCCUAUGUGGUGCCCACCAACCAGUACCCUGUACAGACUGGGGCUCCAGGUUUCUUCCCCAGUGCAAGUCCUUCAGAAUACAGCACAUAUGCUGGAGCAUAUUACCCUGCACAGCAGACGUUCCCUCCUGGAGUACCUGGAGCCCAAGUUAUGAUGAAUCAGCCACAGGUGAUUCCUCCUAAACGGGAGCGCAAAACAAUAAGAAUUAGAGAUCCCAACCAAGGAGGCAAAGAUGUCACAGACGAAAUACUUUCAGGAGGAAGGACAUCAUCUACUCCAACUCCUCCACAGUCAACAGUGGGAAGUGCAGAAGUACAAGCUAAUGGAGAAAGUGUUCAUCAUGUAACUGUGGUUGUGCGCCCAGAUGAUGGAUCCAAGGCCACCGAAGUGCUGAUAAAAGCUUCAGAGAGUCCUUCCCCACCUCUGCCUCAUUCAGAAGCUGAGCCAAGCAUACCAAAUGUAUGUGAUAUUCCAAAAGAUAACACUAUCUCUGAGUUGACUUCAGACAUAAUAGAACCCCUAGGUUCAGAAGAAGCAACCCUUGAUACUUCUCCACCUCAGGUGGAUCUCAAUCUCCAGCCUGUGGCUGCUAUGAUAGAGGAUGCAACGCCUGUAGAGGAGGCAUCCCCACAGGAGACUGACUUUGCAGAGGCACCCAUUAUGCAAUCAGAGACACCAUCCCAGCCACUAGCAGAAGUCUCUAACCCUCAACAGAUUUGUAAACUUGAUACACAAGUAUCUCCUUUGCAACAAGAGGUGUUGCUUACGGAAACUGUUGAACUUAAGUUAAGUAGUCAGGCUCUUCCUACUCCACCUAUUUCUGAGCCUGAACCACUUGAACCUGAGGUUCCAACUUCAGAGCCUCUACACGAGGAGAUUAGUAUAGAGCCUACAGUUUCAAUAGAAGAACCACAAGCUAAUGGACUGACUGAGGAGACACCAGUAUUACUUGUACAGCCGCAGCCAAUGUCUGUUUGCCAGACUGAGCCCUCCCUAGAAUCCCCUAUCGCUCAGCCUGAGGAGCUGCUUCUAACAAAUGGAGAUGGACCACCUUGCCUACAAGAAAAUGAUACACCCGAUUCACAGGUUGAGGCUCAUGUUAGCCCAAUAACUGAACCUGAGGACCAGCCUGUGACCAUCUCUGAUAGCCCACUUGUGGAAGAAGUAGAAAAAACAUUGCCCACUGAUACAGAAGUUGUGGCUUCAACCCAAGUUGUAAAGCAAAGCUCCGAGAGUCCGUCUCAGGUCGCUGUUGCUGCACCCAAGAAAAAGAGAAAAAUGAAGGACUUGAACAAGAAAGAGGCAGUUGGAGAUCUCCUUGAUGCAUUCAAAGAGGCAGAGGCUGGUGCUGGUGAUAGCCAGUGUGAUGUUGAUUCUUCCACUAAGCCUACAAGUGGUGCACCUGAACCAGAUCAGAGCCCUUGUGCUCCUCCUGAAGAACAGGAUGAAACUUGGGAGGAGAAGGAAGAUAAACUGGAUGCAGAGAAUAUCAAACCAGGAGAUGUUAAAUAUAAAUACAAAGAUGAGCAAUGGAAACCCCUAAACCCAGAGGAAAAGAAGAGCUAUGAUCGUGAGUUUCUGCUAGGGUUCCAGUUUAUCGUGGCUAGUAUGCAGAAACCUGCAAGCCUUCCUCAGAUUACUGAUGUGGUGCUGGACAAGGCAAACAAAACUCCACUGCGGCCUUUGGAUCCCACACGUCUAACAGGAAUGAACUGUGGACCAGAUUUUACACCUUCAUUUGCCAACCUUGGUCGACCUUCUGUGGGUAACCGCGGACCGCCAGCUGGCAUGGGUCCAAGGAGGUCACAGCAGGGUCCACGAAAAGAGCCUCGUAAAAUCAUUCAAGCAGUAUCUUUAAAUGAGAAUGUACAACUAAACAAAGCUGAGAAGGCAUGGAAACCUUUAAACAAGAGAUCUGGGGAGGAGGAGGACCCAGAGAAUAUUAAGACUCAGGAAUUAUUUCGGAGGGUGCGCAGUAUCUUGAAUAAGCUGACACCCCAGAUGUUCCAGCAGCUGAUGAAGCAAGUCACUGACCUGGCCAUUGAUACUGAAGAUCGUCUUAAGGGUGUCAUUGACCUAAUAUUUGAAAAAGCCAUUUCAGAACCCAGUUUCUCUGUAGCAUAUGCCAACAUGUGUCGAUGCCUUAUGGGGCUUAAAGUUUCAACCACUGACAAGCCAGGUGUUACAGUCAACUUCCGCAAGUUGUUACUGAAUCGGUGCCAGAAAGAGUUUGAGAAGGAUAAGGAUGAUGAUGAAGUGUUUGAGAAGAAACAAAAAGAAUUGGAAGCUGCUGCUUCGCCUGAGGAAAAAGCACGUUUGACAGAGGAACUGACUGAAGCCCGUGACAGUGCUAGACGUCGUUCAUUGGGGAACAUCAAGUUUAUUGGGGAACUGUUUAAGUUAAAAAUGCUGACUGAAGCUAUAAUGCAUGAUUGUGUGGUGAAGCUUUUAAAAAAUCAUGAUGAGGAAUCUUUGGAGUGCCUUUGCCGAUUGCUCUCCACCAUUGGCAAGGACCUGGAUUUUGAGAGAGCAAAGCCACGUAUGGACCAGUACUUCAACCAGAUGGAUAAAAUUAUUAAGGAGCGAAAGACAUCUUCACGGAUUAGAUUCAUGCUGCAGGAUGUAAUUGAUUUGCGGCUGUGUAAUUGGGUGCCUCGUCGUGCAGACCAGGGACCUAAAACCAUAGAUCAGAUUCAUAAAGAAGCAGAAAUGGAAAAGCAGAGGGAGCAGGUUAAGGUGCAGCAAUUAAUGUCCAAACCAGACAAGCGACGAGAGCCCCAAGGACGACCUACUGGAAGCCGUGGUAACCAGCCUGCAGAUGAUGGCUGGAAUACCGUGCCUAUUAGUAAGAGCAGCCGUCCAAUUGACACCAGUAGGAUCACAAAAAUAACAAAGCUUGGUGCUAUUGAUUCAAAUCAAUUGCUUGCCCCAGGGGGACGUCUGAGUUGGGGUAAAGGAAGUAGUGGAGGAACUGGAACCAAACCAGCAGAAACAGCUCCAGAAUCUAGUCGACCAGCCACGAGCACCUUGAAUCGGUUUUCUGCCUUACAACAGUCAGCAGCUGAAAGUCAAGAUGCUAGAAGACCUUUGCACCGGGGAAGCUCUAGUCGGGAACGUUCUGACAAAGACCGUGGAGACAGAUUUGAAAGAGGCGAAAGAUUUGAUAAGGGAGAACUGUUUGACAGAUCUGACAGGUCAGAUCGAGCACGCCCUCUCAUCACAAAGAGGAGCUAUAGCAAAGAAACGGAGGAUCGUAGCCGAGAAAGAGAGGCCCAUAUACCACAGGAGGCUGUAAGGAAGGUGGCAAGUAUGACAGAGCAGAGGGAUCGCAGCAAAGAAAGUACAAAGAGAGAGAUUCCAGCACCAACAGCAACAGUUGCCUCAUCAAAACCCUCUAUGUCUGAGGAUGAGCUAGAGAAGAAAUCCAAAGCCAUCAUAGAGGAAUAUUUGCACAUUAAUGAUAUGAAGGAAGCUCUCCAGUGUGUAGUGGAGCUCAAUAGUCAAACACUGCUAUUUAUCUUUGUGCGGAAUGGGAUUGAGUCAACACUAGAGAGAAGCACUAUUGCCCGGGAGCAUAUGGGGCUACUUUUGUACCAACUGGUGAAGGCAGGAACUCUGCCCAAGGAGCAAUAUUACAAAGGGGUCCUUGAGGUUCUUGAAGUAGCAGAAGACAUGGAAAUAGACAUUCCCCACAUCUGGCUGUAUCUAGCGGAGAUCAUCACCCCUGUGCUUCUAGAGGGAGGAAUUCUGAUGGGGGAGCUGUUCAGAGAGCUGACCAAACCAUUAGUAGUCAUUGGCAAAGCUGGAAUCCUUCUGGCAGAAAUCCUUGGGUUAUUGUGCAAAGGCAUGAGUCAUAAGAAGGCUGGAGCCCUAUGGAAAGAAUCUGGGUUAAGCUGGAAGGAAUUCUUGUCCAAGGACCAGGAUAUUAAUAAGUUUAUCACUGAAAAGGAACUUGAGUACACAACAGGAAAUGAGACUGAAACACCCUGUAUAAAGGACCUCUCCCCUGCUGAACUUGAUACAACUUUGACAAAGCUUUUGAACGAGAACAGCAGUGAUCAGAAGAUAUUUGACUGGAUUGAAGCAAACUUCAAUGACCAGCAAACCUCAUCCAAUACCUUUGUUCGAACUCUGAUGAGUACUGUGUGCCACUCUGCUAUUAUUUCUGAGAAUCCUUGUCGGGUGGAUGUUAAUAUUAUCCAUGCUAGAGCCAAACUUCUCCAAAAAUAUUUAAGUGACGAGGCCAAGGAACUGCAGGCUCUCUAUGCUCUACAGGCACUUGUUGUGAAGCUUGACCAGCCCCCAAAUCUCCUGCGAAUGUUUUUUGAUGCUCUAUAUGAUGAGGAUGUGAUAAAAGAAGAACCAUUCUACAAAUGGGAGUCCAGUAAAGACCCAGCUGAACAGCAAGGAAAAGGUGUUGCUCUGAAAUCUGUCACUGCCUUCUUUACAUGGCUUCGGGAAGCAGAGGAUGAGUCCGAUAAUUAACAGUGUAGGCUAGAAGCCAUGCCUGUUAUCCUUUUUCUGUUUUCCUCUGGGCUUCCAUUUUUUUCUCUUGCUGUUAUCACACCACCCAAGCUCUAACUGACUGACUUCAGAGAAUACAAUUACCCAUGAUCCUGCAUUGGAGGAAAGAUUGAAUCUGGCUGUAAUGUUGACCGAGCCUGGAGUAAAAUCAAAAGUUGGUAGGAAUCCUGGUACAGAGAUUUGGCAGAGCCAGCUGUGCACACUGUAAAGGUUUCUUGCAGUUUCUUUGGGGUUCACUUUAAUAAAAUGAGUACUUGAUACAUUUUGGGACUGCUGAAAGAGGGAUGGAAAGCUGUGCCCUUCUUCCCUCUGUGUUGUCACACAACAGGGCACAGGCAGACUUCUCUUACGCUUGCUGAUGUGAUUUUUUUUUUUUUUAAGAGCAGAUUGGAGACCACAUGCUUCAGUGGGAUGGUGCAUCUGUUCUUCCCUUCUGUUCUUGAUGCCUGAAAUAUAGAUAUAAAUAUAUAUAUAUUAUAUAUAAAUAUAUAUAAUUAUUGCAAAUUGUUUUAGGUUGAAAGAUGGCAACAGGUGCCAUUUUUGAACCUUGUGUUUCUGAUCUCCUGCCCACACGGAGUUCAGGAAGGUGGCUGAAAUUCAUUGUUUGCUUUUUAUAUGCAAAUUAGUAAUCUAAUGAAUUCCUAACAGAUCGAAAACAAUCCACAUUGGUGUGUACUCUACCAACUGCUGAUAUUUUUUUUGUUUUGUUUUAUAUAUAUCCCCUGUUCCAGGGGGAAUGAAAAGGACUUAAUUUUAUUAUGUUAAGAUCACCAUGUGUUGGAGAUGCACCCCUAAACCCAUGCAAAUUCUGUAUUUAUAGAGAAAGCAAAACCUUUUGGUUAUUUCCCCUCCCCAUAUGGAGGUUCUUGUAAUUAUGAAACAAACAAAGGAUUGAAUUCAAUUUGUAAAUACAUUUUGCUUUCUUUAUUAAGUAUUUAAUGAUUCUGAACUACAGAUUUGCUGCAAAAAACUCUUUUCACAGAAACUGGAAAUAAAUGAGAACAUUACAUAAAUUGUGCUAUCUUUAUUUUUGCUGUUGCAAAAAAAAAAAAUUGCAGUGUCACCUUGCUUUACAUGUACAUGCACUGCAUCUGUCCCAUAAUAUGCAUUCCAAAGGCCAAAGGGAUGAUCAGCCAGUUCAUCAGAAAUAAAGUAGUAGUUUUGCAAUUUUUUUUUCUUUAUGCCAUGUUGAAGAAAUACAAAUCUGCCGCUGUUCACUGUUUUUACUAUCUUUUCUCCUUGUUAUACUCCGGCUAAUAAAAAUAAACAGGACAUGCAUUCUCAAAAACUUUAAA